AUGUGGAGGUUGGUGCUGGUGGUCAGUCUGCUGUGCUGCAGCUCUGAGGCUUCAGUGUCCUGCAAAGAUGAGAACGGAGCUGAAGUGGACUGGUACAUCUUAUACAAGACUCCCAAAAGUCAGGAGAAACAGCUGACUGGUGUGGAUUAUGUUUACAUUUAUCCAGAUGCGACAGACAACAACAAGACAAUAUCUCGUCUUAACACAAAGCCCAUCGAUGAUCCUAAAGGCAUCCUGGCAAACACUCUGCGCCAGCUCAUAGAUUUCGACAACAAUAACCCGACACCAAAUUUUGGAUUCAUCAGCUACAGUGAUCAGCCUCCAAAGAAUUUGAAGUUGAGUGUUGAUCAUUCAUACGGUCACAGUAAAGGAGUUGUGAUGAUGGAGAAAGACCAAACUGGACUCUGGCUCUUACACAGCACACCACGGUUCCCUCAAAUAGGUCAAAAUUUCUACCCUGAAAGUGGAACAAAAAAAGGCCAGACGUUCAUCUGUGUAACAUUCAAGUACAACCAGUUCAAAGCAAUCGGUACACACCUGCAGUACAUCAACGCUUUCAGAUACUAUGAACAUAUCCCACCAGACUUUCAUGUUGAGUUUCAGCAACCAAAGCAACCAAAGCCUGGAGAGAAAAGAAAGAUGAUCGAUAUAAAUAAAUUCCAGGAGCUUAAAUCCAGGAACAACAAGACGUUUAACAGCAUUGCUAAACUACUGUCAGAUAAACCAGAAGUUGGAGAUCUUUACGUCACUAUUUCAAAAGCUGUCGACAGUGAUGUGAGAGCUCAGACCUGGGGCUGCCAGAAGGGGCGUCAUCGUUCCAUCUGCUCUAAAAGUGGGAAAAAAGUGGAAAACAUCCUAUCUGUACAACCUAAUUCAACGUGGAAAGAAUGGAGAGCUACAGCUGAUCAUUCAAAGUGGUGUGUAGCUAUGGAUCAAAAUAAACCCUGGACCUGUAUUGCUGAUGUAAACAGAUCAGAGUCACAGUAUAAGAGGCCAGGUGGGGCGCUGUGUGUUAAAGACGAAAAAAUAGCAAAUAUAUUCAAGAGCUUUGUAAAGGAAGUGGAGAAGUGUUCAGGUCUAGGUAAAAGGGAUGAUAAAAGUUGCCCAGACCCAGACCCAGACUCAGACUUAGAUCCAGAGCCUGAGCCAGACUCAGAUUUAGACUCAGAGUGA